UAGCAGUGCAAAGACCGUAUUAGGCUCUGUGGUUGAAGUAGUACUGCAAGGACUGAGAAUUAGGCUCCAUUAUUGCAGUAGCAGUGCAAAGACCUUAUUAUCAUUAGCAGUGUAUCUUUUUGCUAAUGGUGCAAUGACUUUAGAUAAAAAUUAUGCUUUGUAG